UACAACACCACACACACAUGCACAACAGCGUGAAUAUGAUUUUAGCGUCCAUGAAUCAUUGUUACUAGGUCUGGCCGUAGCUACGAUAUAAAGCAUUAUGCUGUCCGUAAAGAAACCGUUCACUUCAGCUAUGAACUCUUCAAGGAUUUAUAGAGGUGUGUCUAAACCUCCCGUCGACUUUCUGUCUCGAAAUAAACGAGUUAUCAAGACUAAACCACCAGCAAAGGUUCCAGCAAAGUUAACCAAACAACCAACCCAGACAAACGCAAGGAAUACAAAACAAGUGGCUCAAUGUCGACAAUCGAAAGCACAAGAUGUGAACACUGUGGUUGUUAGUAAGAGCUAUCUAGAGGAUCUGUUGAGAUUAAGUGUGGCUCCUCCUCAAAAUAUCGUCAAGAAAGAUGUUAGACAUGUGCAGAUGGACAGUCGUCAAAUACCAGGACUUGUAUCACCCUCACACACCCUCACAGCUCCACAACCCUCACAGCCUCACACCCACGCAGUUCCACAGCCUCACACUCACGCAGCUCCACACCCCCACACACAAUCGUAUGCUGUACCGCCCACUCUCUCUGCAAAGGAACAGUGGUUGAAAGAUCUCGCUGAUCAAGUUAAAGAAAAACAAUCGAGACAACAGCAGCAAAAAACCAAACAGAGACCAGCAGAGGAAGUGUAUUUCCCGUAUGGUCGUCCUGGAUGUGGCGCUCCAAUGCGGACAGAGACAGGUCAAGUUAUAGCCGAUCUGAGGUCAAGAGUUCGCUCAAGCAUAGAUGAACCAAUACAGCAAAUGGUGUCUCAUCAACCACUACCAAUAAAUCAUCGAAAUGUGCCGAUGGAGGCUAAACCAGUUGAGGAUUAUUUCCCGUAUGGCCGGCCUGGAUGUGGUGCUCCCAACAGUACAGCCACUCAUGGUAUCAGUUACCAACCUUAUGGUGGUGAUGGACCAGCCUCUAACCCUCCAAAAGCUAUCAGCCUAACAGCCUAACAGCCUAUCAGCCUAACAAUACUGCACAUGUACCGCCUCCAAUGAUGAAUAGCUACCAACCUCAUCAGAGCUACCAGCCACCGGCUGCAAAAGUUUACGAGGAUUAUUAUCCAUAUGGUCGACCAGGAUGUGGAGCCCCUGUCACUACUCACACACACUCACAACCGCCCACUCAUCCCUCACAAAAAGUGCCAAAAGUUGAUGAGGAUUAUUAUCCAUAUGGUCGACCAGGAUGUGGAGCCCCUGUCACUACUCACACACACUCACAGCUCCCGCCCACACAGCUCUCACAAGAUAUGCCGUCUCCACGGGAUGGUUUCAAACGAGGGGCUGGACCUUAUGUAGACAAGUUUGUGCAGCACGAGUUAGACCAGCGAAGAAGGAAAGAGUUGGAUUACAGAGCCGAGCUGGCGGAGCAGAUAGCAAUGAAGGAACGUGAGAAGCUGUCUAUUAAACGUGCCAAGGAGAGGGCAGAGGCUCAAGAGGAGGCACGACUGGAGGGGGAGAGGCAACAACUCAAACACCAAUACCAGAGGGACGCAAUAGAGAGGAGAAGGAAGGAGGAGUUGGCUAUGGAGCGCCACAAGCUCCUGCAGCAAGGCAUAGAGGAGGCCCAGCAGACUGCCCUCGAGGCUAAGAUGGAGAGCAAGGGUCCAACACACUCUCACAAACGUGCCCUCAAAAAACGCUCUGAAAUCUCAUCAAAAUUUGACUCUGUAAAACAGAGUACGGCUAAUCUUCAAUCACCAAGCACGGAGAAAACAUCGCGUAUUCCAGUACGACGACCAACAGACUCCAAUGAUACACCACGCAGGGUUCCUAGAAUGAAACCAUACGCCAAUAAAGCGUCUAGAACCAGAGCAGCAGUGAGAGCAGUCUCCCCUCCAAUACCUACACUGGCUAAGAGGAUGAGUCACCAACCUAACCAACUAACAGUGGAGGCCUCUGCUAUUCCACGACCAGUAUCACCACCUGUGCCAACACUGGCUAAGAGAAUGAAUCAUCAUUCAGUACUGAAUAUUGACGCUUUAUCGAAACCUAAUGAUAAUAGACCUGAGAUGAUUGUACGAUCCCACUCACCCCCCGUACCCACACUGGCAAAGAGGCAGUCACAUGACCUACCGAGGAGAUCACAUAACCUGGCAAAUAUAUCACAUGACAAACACCCUACUCGCGCACAAUCACCACCAGUACCUACAAUCGCUAAAAAGUUGACCAUUCCAACAAAUAUUUCAAUUCAUUCGACUCAGAGACCAAGUCAAGUAGCAACUACAAGUAUUCCAAUUAACAGACUGCCAUCUUGUGAGUUGAUCCGUCAUCAGCCCAGUCCAUUGCCGACCCUUGUACCCUUGUUGGGAGAUUGCCAUGGCGACCAGAAGGCUGUGAGUGGACCUAGCCGACAGCAGGUCAUUCUAGAACAACUGGCAGCUCUGAAAAAGGGUAUCAUGUCCCACCAGUCCACUAUAGACCAAAGAGUGCACAGAAUCAUGACCAGGGCAAAACCAAACUUCUGAUCAACUGGAACUGAAAUGAAUUAUUAAAUAAUGAUCGUGUGUUUGUAUGUGGUUCAUGUUCCUUGUGUGUACGCACUUCAUCACUUGCAAUUUAAAAAAUAAAUCUUUCUGUCAAUGCA